GCGUCAUAAAUUAUGAAGAGCGACUACCUGCCCACCGUCACGUUGAUGCCCAUAACUCCGACUUGGUAAGAAAGGGACGAGCCGAAUUUUUCGUACCGUUUCGGCUACAAAGAUCGCCGUUUACAUCCUGCCCACAAUCAUGAUCAUGGAUGAACAACUCCGGCAGAUUGCACCGAGCGAAGACUUUGAUCCAAUGGCGGCUUUACUCGGGAUGAAUGUCACUGUAAGAAGAGAACUGUAUCAAGAGCGUGCAAGAAUCAACGAAAUGGUUGUUGUUCAGCACACUGAGGAUAUCGAGUCUCUCAAAAAGCAGAUUGAUGAGAAGAACAAAGAAAUCGAUGAGCUACGUAAAUCAAUGGACAGUCUGGUGGAGCAGAAUCAAGAGUUAAGCGUGGCGCUUAAGUCUAGAAAUGAGGAGAUUAAAGCCCUCAAGGCGAGAAUCGGUCGACUCGAGACUGAUAAAAAGGACUUGGAAGACGAGCUGAAGUCUGUUACAGUCAAGGUUAGCCGAAUGGAAAAGGAUAUCAGAGAACUGAACGAAGCAAAGACCGCCCAAGAAGAGAAAAACAUGGAACUACAAGAAAAUUUUGACAAGGUCACAGGCAAGCUAGAGAGUAGAAACCAAGUAUUGAAGAAAGAGAUAAAGGAGAUUCGAGAAUCACAACACAAAGAGGCGCUGCCGCCAUCAACAGUAACCCCAAGAGCAGGAGGACGUCAAAUGCUUACUCCUCCAUUACCAAGGCACCAUCAGAGAGCCGAUUGGGAACUGCAUGCCUCGCUCACUUUGGGAGAGCUGUGCCGACAGUUCCAGAACAAGUUGUAUAAGAUAAUAUUCCCGAAUUCGUUUCAGUCAAACAGGAAUUACAAGAUGAAGAAUAUUUGGCGCGAUUUGGAUAGACUGCCUCAACUGGAAGAGGAAAAGCAGCGAUCGAGGAAAAAGUGGGACGAAGUAAAGCAAAAGUUGAAAUGGGAUGAAUGUUACGAAGAUGCCAUGAAAGCACUCCAGGAAAGCCGAAAUGUGGAUGCCCAUCCAGCCCCUUUAACGGAGGAAGGUCUUGCAAGAGCCGCAGAACUCAUGGAUUCCAAAGGUAACCUGAAAGGUUGGCUGUCUUUGAAACGAGUGAAUGAGUUGAUAACUAUGUGGAAAAACGUUCAGACAAUGGAGUGAGUCAUUUGCUUGUGCUUUAUUGGUAUUGCUGAAAUAGUUUUAAAAUCAAAUUUAGCUCCUUUAUUACCAAGGAAGGAUAAUAGAAACAUGUGACUAUAUUCUUAGUUAUUACCCAUGGAACUGAGCUAUAGCUAAAGGGAACUAUGUUUCACACGCUGAAAUAUGGAGACGAACAUUUACAAAGUCACGAUGUUUUAUUUCUUUAUUUUAAACUAGAUUGUCGAUUUUCUAUCAGGAAUAACUAUUUCAACUUUAUAUCAAAUGUUUCACUUGGGAGUAAGAAAAACAAUUUCGAUUCUCGAUGAAAAUUAUCAUUAGAUGUAAAGUUUAAAUUUAGCCUACUUAUAUGGUUGGAAACAUCCUUUUUGUCUAAGGAUUUAAAGGUAAAAAAAAUUGAAUCGAAAUGCUCAAAGCAGAAUAAAACCGUUGCCUUAUUGGGGUUAAAAUGCGAAACCAGUGUGCCUCGCUCGCUGACAGAAUGACUGAUUGUAGUUAUACCGUGACUUGCAUCAGAACUUAGGUCAAAUGUUCGCUGUAUGAUGCGCGGAGAAUUUUGAUGCGAACAUCGAAAAUUCUAUAAAAUAUCACUGCUUUUACUCAAUGCUGGGCCUCGUCGUAAAGUAGGCGAUUCUCCUUCUUCUGUUGUUAAUAUUUAGUACAGAUUUAAAUACUCAUGUUAGACUUCUGCCGGUAGACAGACAUAAUUCUGUUCUUGGGGUAUUUCAACUUUCACUUUCUUUCAAGUAAUCUUCUGUUUCAGGAUUGAGAAAGAAAAAAACAUGUCAGCUCAAAAUCACAAAAUCCACGAGGCAAAUUAAUCCACUGUACACGGGAAUUCACUGAAGUAAAAGACAAACCUAACCCGAAA